AAUCAAAAAAUCUGAAAGGGUUCACGUUAGUGAAGAAACAAGCACGGAUCAUCGGAGAAUCGUUGAGAGAGAAGAUAACAAGGUGGCGAUCAUGGUGUUGGGAGAAGCGAAACCGAAGCUGGAGAGAAAAUACAGCGUUCGAAUUUCCGCCCGCGCUCUUAAAUCAUUCGAUUCCAUUUUGAUCCCCGAGGAUACUGCGCCGGAAGAUCUAUUGGAAGGGGCAUGUAAGCUGGUGAUGGAGAAGUUCAGAAACUACGCCCACAAUUUGGAUUCGAAGUUCAACGAGAAGGCGUACGAGCUGCGCCGUGCGAUUGUCGAACUCGUUGAAUUGUACAGGAGCGGCCACCCGGAUAGCAAAUCUUGGGUGGCUCGGUUGAGGGGGGAACGCGAUUCCGCAUCGUUGUACAUGAAUUGGUUGUUAUACACUUGGGACUUCGGACUCGACGGAACGUUAAACCUAGAAACUGUAGCCAAGCUUAAAUUGUUGAAUGAGAGCACCUUGGAUGAACCAUCACCUUUUAAAGAGGCCAGUGACGUUGCUCGGUUUCUUGACGAUGUACAAGACCAGUUACUUUAUCGGUUCCGCUCUCUCUUAACCGUCGACGAUCGUCAUGUUCAUGAGGUUCUGAGCAAGCUGACUGAUGUCCCGCUCACUCAAAUUGUUACAUCGGUCGACAAUCAUUACAAGAAAAUGGCCAUUUCUAUGACAAACAAUAGGGUGGUGGAUCAAAAACGCGUGAUUAACGAAAUUUUCGAAACGCUGGCCUCCGAGAGAAGGACUACUAUGCGUCCUAUGGGUUCGUUUCUUCUUUUGGGCCCGUCUAGAGUUGGUAAAAAGGAGAUUGCAAAGGCUGUUGCGCGUCAUUGGUAUUGUGAUGAAAGCCGACUUGUAGAGAUAGAUAUGGCAAAGUAUGUAGAGCCUCCAGUGGAAUCAGCAGAGGGAUCAAAGAGGAUACGCCGGUAUGUCUGGAAUCAACUGAUUGAUGCUGUGAAAAAACGGCCGUAUUCAGUUAUUGUUCUCGACAAAAUCGACAAGGCUUCCUCCAGUGUAAUAACGGAUCUCCUCAAGGUUUUGACGUGUGGCGCGACUAGCGAUUUUGAAGGGAGAACUGUUGACUUCUCUAAGUCUAUCAUUUUCGUUACUUCGAGUGUGGGAUCCGAUCAAAUUGAAUUGCCUUGCACAUGCUAUGACGAUCUUCCGAAACAGUCUAGGCCUAAAAUCCUGGAAUUCCAUAUGGCCCAUCGGUGUCCCCUAAAAUACAAUGUUACCGAAAGAGUUAUCAACGAGGCGAAAGAAACCUUGAGUUCUGAUCUGAUAUGUUCACUUGAUAAAGUUCUUGUUGUGAAGAGGUUCCGCAAUCAGCGAGCUGUUGGGAGGCUAAUUCUUAGGGAAACUGUUAAAGAGGUUUAUGGAGAAAGAUUAGUGGUGCAUGCCUCUAAUGAAGCAAUUAAUUCUCUAUUUUCCAAGGCAUUGACACUAUAUCUGAAAGAUGGAAAGACUUUCAGACAAGUAUUGCUCGAGGAUGUCAUUCCACAGAUACCAGACACAACUGAAAUUCUUAAUGUAUGUGUUGAUACACUUGCUGGAACACGUCAAUUUUCGUUUAGAUUUCAAACACAUGGACAAAAUGCGGGCGAUUGCUAUUUCAAGCUAAAAGAUGGGACAUUUGACAAUUUUACGGCUGAGUUGAAAGCAAGGGUCGAAGCGGCGUGUAGGUUAUUCGACUUACGAAGCGAAUGCUUACGUUUGUUUCAAUCUGACCAAAGUUUAUACGAGCUGAAGAAGUUAGUAUUAGAUGCCCGCAACGAGUUCGAGACGUGUUACAAGUAUCAAGACACAGAGACACUACUAAGCUGUAUUUUUAAAAAGAUUACAUCAUGCAAGGGUAAACUUCCGAAAGAGGAAGAGAAGGAGAGGUUCAAAAAGCAUCGCAUAGAAUUGAAAGGAAAAAACAGUGGGAUUGCUAAAGCAACCAGAACUAUCCUCGGUGCUCUAAUGGAGACGAGUGAUGAUGCUUCAUUGAAAUCACGAAAUUUGCCACCGAGGCAUUACUUCUUUGUAGGUUUGAAUGAUGAUGCUAAAGCAGGGCUGAUUAGUUCGCUUAACAGGUUUUUGGGAGAAUUGUUUUUCGUUUACGUCAAAUUAGACAACAACAGCAGAGGUGAGGAAGUGAAGGAGUUUCUUGUUGAUCAAGUAAGGCUGAGGCCAUGUUUGGUCGUUAUGCUCGAUGGGGUUGAAUUUGCUGAUGAAGUGUUGUAUACGAGCCUGCUCGAGAUUCUUGAUAAGGGUACUGUGGACGACAGCGUUGAGUUCAGAAGAACGAUCCUUAUUCUUACAUCAAAUGCUGAGAACAAAUGGUUUAUUGCUGUUAGUGCUAUGUUUAAUCACAGACGAGAUCUUAUAUCCGAGAUUGCCAUGAAUCAGAAUCAGAAUCAGAAAAGAUUUAGGACAGAGUUGCUUUACCGAGUUAAAAGGGUGGUGUUUUUUGAUCCUCUGUCGGAGCAUGGAGGCGUACCUUUUAAACGAGAACAUGGUGUCAGAUACAAGAAGCCCUUGGAUGAGAUCUGGCUAUCUGGCUGUUUCUAUUCUGCGUUUGUACGAUGAUUGAUGCAAGUUAUGUAAGUUGAAAUUCACUUUAAAUUAUACACAAAGCUCAAACUAUCGAGAAACGGACACGUAAAAAGAGGACAACCGCUAAGAGAUAAGCAUGGGAAUAGCCGAAGAACAUAGCAGGGGAUCAUUACGCAUACACUAAACGAUUGGCACCUCCAACAAUCUUUUAUCCGGAUACUUUGCGCUGUCUUUCCCACACGCAAAAUAUUGAACGGCGCUCGUUCCACUGAAGUUGAAGACACGGAUCCCACAGUUACCCGAUAGUCUGCUCGCUCUCUCACCUUGAGUCAGCUGGUGUUGGAAAUAUCCAAUCACUCGCCCAAUUUCGUAAUUCUAAUACUGCAUUAAUUAAAAAAAAAAAUAAUAAAAUAUAUGAUUAUAUCAUUAUUAAUUAUUU